GAGCCCUGGUGCUCAUCAUCAUCGUCUUGGGUCUAAGAAACCGUGUUGUGUUUCGAUCUCUUCGCCAUCUCUAACCUUAACCGCACGCACCCCAUUUCGGUCCUCAUCCUCCUUCGUCUCUCUCUCCCUUCUCCUCUCCUAUAUCCUUCUAGAAACAAGAGAGGGUCCUCUCGCAGCCGGCCGACGGCUCUAUUGGAUGCUUCUUCAUCUUUAUACGCACUAAAUAUAUCUCAUCUAUCCAACAGUUCAUUCGUCCCCUCUUACAUUCUAAAGUCGAAACACCAAAAAAAAAAGGAGGAGAUAGAGAGAGAGAGAGUGUGUGUGAGAGAGCGAAAGAGUGAACAAGAAAGCUCUUGAUCGGAACCCUCUUUGGAUUUCAUUUAAUUCUCGUGCUUGCAAUUGACGAACCCCCAAUUCGUCUAUUAGGUAUAAUUCAUGAGUUCGACCGCACAAGCAUCGAGCUCUGGAGGCAUUGUUGCUGAUUCUUUGGCGAACAAGAGAUCCAAGCGACCAAAAUAUUCAAGGUUUACCCAACAAGAGCUUCCUGCCUGCAAGCCGAUUCUGACUCCAAAAUGGGUAAUAUCAUCAUUCUUGCUUGUCAGCGCAGUCUUCAUUCCUAUCGGGGUUGCUGCACUUCUUGCUUCCCGUGAUGUGGUUGAAAUUAUUGAUCGCUACGAUGCAGCAUGCAUACCGGAGGAAUAUAAGGAUAGGAAGGUUGAAUUCAUUAAGACUUCUAAUAAUACAAAAUGCAACCGAAAUUUAACUGUGCCAAAGCAUAUGAAGCAUCCUAUUUAUGUGUAUUAUCAGCUAGACAAUUUCUAUCAGAAUCAUCGCAGAUACGUGAAGAGCCGAAGUGAUCAUCAGUUAAGAGAGGCCAGUCAAGAGAACAAGACGAGUGAUUGUAAGCCUGAGGACAAUCAGGGUGGCAUGUCAAUCGUACCUUGUGGUCUCAUAGCUUGGAGUUUAUUCAAUGACACUUAUAGCUUUUCCAUCCGCAACCAGACAAUUGCUGUAAACAAGAAGGGUAUCUCAUGGAAGAGUGAUAGAGAUCACAAAUUUGGAAGCAAUGUCUUCCCUAAAAACUUUCAGAAUGGAGGCCUCAUUGGUGGUGCAAAGCUCAAUUCAUCCAUACCAUUGAGUGAACAGGAGGACUUGAUAGUCUGGAUGAGGACAGCGGCUCUUCCAACGUUUAGGAAGUUGUACGGGAAGAUAGAUGUAGAUCUGAAUAAAGGGGACCAAAUAGAUGUAGUAUUGGAUAACUGCUACAAUACCUACAGUUUUAAUGGUAAAAAGAGGUUGGUCCUUUCUACGACGAGUUGGCUGGGCGGGAAGAAUGACUUUCUUGGCAUUGCAUACCUUACUGUAGGCGGGCUGUGCUUUUUCCUGGCUAUGGUUUUCAUCGUUGUGUACUUUAUCAAGCCAAGGCGACUUGGAGAUCCAUCUUACUUAUCUUGGAACCGCGCUCCAGGAGGUCGAUAAGCAUGCUUGCUUGCUUAUCAAACAAACACCCUUUUAGCUGGAUGGAUGAUACUUUUUCAAUGGAUCUUGAUGGAUAUUAUUUUUCUUCAUCUGAUGAAUUUAUGUAAAGGAAAACGUUGAUAUAUGUCUCUAUGUAUGAUGGAUGUUGAAUAUUAAGUGCUUCUGAGAAGUAUGAUGGUUUUCUAAUAUGAUGCAUACUUAUAUAC